AUGCUCCACCCCUUUAAGCUGCUUGAUGAUCUGGGCUAUGGGGACUUGGAGAUGUACCCCAACCCACACAGUCCUCACGGCAGGAUCUCCACUCCAUACAUUAAGUCCCUAGCCAGUCAAGGAAUGACAUUCACUGAGGCCUAUGCUGGAGCACCAGUCUGUGCACCUUCCAGAUGUGCCCUGAUGACAGGGAGACAUACUGGCCACUGCACUGUUCGGCAGAACGGCCAAGUUCUGGCAGACUCAGACGUCACCAUCGCUAGUGUGCUACAGAAAGCAGGCUACCACACCGGUCUCAUUGGAAAAUGGGGACUAGGCUCUACCAACUACCCUCCGGCCACCAAUAUUCCAAAUCCAGAGGGAUUUGACUUAUUUCUAGGCUACAAUAGUCAAGAGAAUGCCCACAACUACUACCCUUACACUCUCUUCAGAAACAAAAGCCAGAUCUUCUUUCCCGAUAACGAGAAUGCCUCCACAGAGAACUGUGGACAUCCCCUCACACAGAACUGUACAUGGGCAGAGGAUGUGUUUGUUAACACCACCACUGAGUUUCUGUCCAAUUUGUCCAAGUCUGAGAGUGCGUUCUUCCUGUUCCUAUCUUUCACCUCUCCACAUGCUGGGGGGAUUGGAAUCAAUGCUGAGACUGGUAUUCCUGCACCAUACGAUACUCCACAGUAUGCCAACCAGUCAUGGCCAAAGGUUGAAAGGGACUUUGCCUCGGUGAUCACGCUGCAAGAUCAACAAGUGGGACAGAUUGUGAAGGAGCUGGACAGCCUUGGCCUAGGCAAUGAUACGGUUGUGUUCUUUGCCAGUGACAAUGGAGCCCAUAAUGAAGGGGGUCACAGUUACCAGUUCUUUGAGAGCUCGGGUCCUCUGCGGGGUUACAAGAGAAGUCUCCACGAGGGAGGAGUGAGGUCACCCCUCAUCGUUAGAUGGGUAUGUGAGCCAGUGUAUUGCAGCUACCACACUGACAUGGUCUAUUGUGAGACUGCAGCCUGGAGUAGUGAAACCAGGAGUUGUGGUCCAGCAACAGUGGGGCUUCUGGGAUUUCUUGGCCACCGCUGCAGAUAUAGCUGGCGUACCGCUGAGCUCUCUGCCUGUACUGCCCACCCUACAGGGCAAUUCCCAGGACCAACCAGGUAUAUCUAUCACGAAUUCUGCUACCCAAACGAAGACAAGUCGGGCUGGGGGCAAGCUGUCAGAUUCAUGAACUGGAAAGCCGUGAGGCAAGUAACUUUCAGUCAUUUCAACAUUAGCUACACCUCAUUCGGCUGUCCAGACGUGUCGGGAGACAGUCCUGACGUGGUGAGACUUGCAGUGCAGUACAUGGACGACGCCCACAGUUCAGGCCCCAAGUGCGGAUACCUCCCACCUCACCCCAACAACUAA